AAUGCACGCGCGCAAAACACUCGACGGGCACGCUGAACACGUGGAAACACCAGAAACCUUUGGGGUCGCCAUGUUGGUGUUUGGGGUCGCCAUGUUGGUGUUUGGGGUCGCCAUGUUGCUUUUUAUCUCGUCCAUCACACGGAAACUCUGAAGUUCAGUACCUCGAAACUCGCAACAGGAAGUGACGACGCCGUUCGCGCACCGCUCCCGCUGUCCAGCACGCGCCUGUGAUGACGCAACGACCUGCCGGCGGCGCUUCGUCAGUUCGUCCCUUCGGCAAUCUUCGUGACGAAUUCCGAGUGUGACGGCGUUUGGAAAAUCCCUGCGCAGACACAUAAAAGAGCCAAGUGGUCCAAAUGGAAGCUGAAAGAAAGUUCGCCGACUUUGGGCCCGAACACACUGCGAGAGCGCCAAAGCCAAAGCCGCCGUGACCGACAUGCACGCGCACACAGUUUUCGGGGUUCUCUGCUGCUUCCUGCUUCCCAGCUGGCUGCGCUCGGCGCCCGUCGCCACUUGGCCGCCCGCCGCCACUUGGCCGCCCGCCGCCACUUGGCCGCCCCCCACAGACGCCGUGGACCGAGCCAGGAUGUUGGCGGACAAGAUCUCCAAAGGCAUUCCGGCCGUGCACGGCGCCGUGGUCAACACGGAGGGGUUGACCCUUGACCUUUUCCAACCGGCCGGCAGCCUGCAGCUGAUGGCCGCCUCGCUGGGCAUCCCCCCCGCGCCCGUCCUCAAACCGCUGUCGGACAGCUUCACGCCGGACACGUGCGUGAGCCGCAUGCUAGCCGGCGGCCGGCUGUACCAGGGCCUGCUGGGAGUUUUAUCCCAGCGCCUCGACGGGCUGGACGACCUGUGGACCGACCUGCGAGACCUGCUGACUCAGAUCGCCAAGGUGAAGAAGGCGGCCGGACUGAGCGAGGUGGAAGUGGAUCAGAACCAAAGCGUGGACCUGGCCUCGCAUCUCCAUGGCGACUACGAGCUCCAAGUGGCGGCGCAUCUGACGCUGUGGCAACUGCGCUCCUUCUGUCACGACAUGAUCCGCAGCCUGAGGGCGCUGGCCGCCUACAGGCCGCCGCCCUCGCUUGCACGGUAAACGCCGGCCUUUCAUCCGGAGAGGACCACUUUGAAUUUGGCGGAAUGCCGGACCACUGAAAGACUUCUCCGCUGCCCCCUGCUGGACAGAAGGUGGACACGGCGUGCCGGCAGCCAUCUUGAACGUGAAGGUUAUUUAUGCUAUUUAUGCUAUUUAUUGGACCAAAAGCUCAGCCCCGGGAGGGAGGGAGGGAGGAUGUCAGCAGUUUCAGUGAUUGACACUUCCUGUACUUUCACAAUAAGGGCCUUUUAUUUGAAGUGGACGACAUGACAAUAAAUGUUCUCCCAUGGGAUGGGGUCAAAGGUUAACAAUGGUGUCCAGUUUGCCUUCUGACCAUAUUUGGACGGUGUUCAGCUCCUGCGCUGCUCCUGCUCCUUCCUGCG